CUCAGUCAGCCCCGUUGAACGCUACGUUCUGAUUGGACAUUCGCAGAGGAGGCGUCGCCCCUCUGCUCGGUCCUUCUCUCCAUCUGUCCCAUUUUACAACAGCAGCUUCCUGCAUCUGUCUGCUUCCGUCUGUCAGUGCACGUAGCAACAGUCUGUCAACAUGACCCACGCGUAUCCCUUCCUGAGUGCUGAGCAGAAGAAGGAGCUCAGUGAUAUCGCUCAGAGGAUCGUCGCCCCUGGAAAAGGCAUCCUGGCAGCUGAUGAAUCAACAGGCAGCAUGGCCAAGCGCUUCCAGAACAUCAACACUGAGAAUACAGAGGAAAACAGGAGGCUUUACCGCCAGCUCCUUUUCACCGCUGAAGACAGGGUCAACCCCUGCAUCGGAGGCGUCAUCUUCUUCCAUGAGACGCUCUACCAAAAGACGGACGAUGGCAAGCUCUUCCCACAGCUGGUCAAAGAGAAGGGCAUGGUGGUGGGCAUCAAGGUGGAUAAGGGUGUGGUGCCCCUGGCUGGCACAAAUGGAGAGACCACCACUCAAGGUCUGGACGGACUCUAUGAGCGCUGCGCUCAGUACAAGAAGGACGGUGCUGACUUUGCCAAGUGGAGAUGUGUGUUAAAGAUCACCCCCACCACCCCGUCCGAACUGGCCAUCAUGGAGAACGCCAACGUGCUGGCCCGCUAUGCCAGCAUCUGCCAAAUGCAUGGCAUCGUGCCCAUUGUGGAGCCUGAGAUCCUUCCAGACGGUGACCACGACCUGCAGCGCUGCCAGUAUGUGACUGAGAAGGUGUUGGCAGCUGUCUAUAAGGCACUGUCUGACCACCAUGUCUAUCUGGAGGGCACACUGCUCAAACCCAACAUGGUGACCGCUGGACAUUCCUGUCCCAAAAAGUACAGCCCUCAAGAGAUCGCCUUGGCAACUGUCACCGCUCUGCGCCGCGCUGUGCCCCCUGCUGUGCCAGGUGUGACCUUCCUGUCCGGUGGUCAGAGUGAGGAGGAGGCCACCAUCAACCUGAACGCCAUCAACCAGUGUCCCCUGCACCGUCCCUGGGCCCUCACCUUCUCCUUCGGCCGGGCCCUACAGGCCUCAGCACUGAAGGCCUGGGGAGGCAAAAAAGAGAACGGCAAGGCCUGCCAGGAUGAAUACAUCAAGAGAGCCCUGAAUAACAGCCUGGCAGCUGUGGGGAAGUAUGUUUCCUCUGAAGCGAAAGGAGCGGCAGCUGAGGAGUCUCUGUUUGUGGCUGACCACGCCUACUGAGGUUUUCAGGAGUGACUAACCAAACAUUCAACAACACUCCAUUAGCGAUUAGCGCCUACUGAGCUCCUGCAAAGAAAAAUGUUACAAUUUGAAAAAGAUGACAUCGAUACCCAUAUGCUCAGUAGAAAUAUUUCAAUUCGAUCCUGCUUUCCGGGUUUGACUUCGGGUUUGCGAAGGCAGUGUUACUCUAUGGCCAUACUCACGAUUGUCAUGUCACUUUAUUUUGUGUUUGUGCACUUUAACACACACACAUGAGACAGUUCCCAUACAGAAUUGUCUUCAAUUUGUAAUUCCUAACAUAAACUUAAUUAUGUGCCUCCAUUUACCAACUGCUGGAGGGACACUUUGUAGAAGAUCUUUUAAUGAAUAUACAGUAUCAGAGUAUAUACACUGGAAAGAAAAAGAUUCACAUUAAAUAUUCCACGAUUAAGGAUG